CUAGAUGUAGAAAUUUUUUGCAUGUCCUGAUUAAAGAAUGUUAAAUCUCUGGAAAUGAUCUUAUCUCUAUAUUAGAAAUAUUGCUUUUUAUGCUAUGAGCUGUCAGGAUGGAUGACGAACACACAAUCUAAACCAGAAGCAGUAACAAGAUCUAAGAUGAACUUAUCUAAAUUUUGUGUUGGAUGAUUGCAGAUGCAGAUAGGUGACAUAACCUAAUGAUUUGGUUUUCUUCUGCAGAUCUGAGAUGGGAAAUCAGAGCAAGAAAGUGUGGAAAGAAAUGUCUGGUUUUAAUCUCUGAAUCAAAUUUUUAGAACGAAUUGAUUCAUCUCAAUUAGCAUUUUGUACCUUCAAUCAAUUUUUGUGUUAAAGUCUCAAAACUUUCUGCAGAAACUGAGAAAAGUCUCAUGAUGGAAAACAUAGAUGAUGGAUUCAGAAACAGAUGACAGUAAUUCGAGUGCUUCACCUUCGCAUUUAUCUCUCUCGCAUGGUCUUCUGGAAUGUUUACUGAGCAAUAAUGCACAAUAUUAUACAUUUUCCUGUAAUGGAGAGGAAUUCGGUGCAAAGGGAUGGAAAUUAAACAGGGGAAGAGAAGAUUUUGACUGGAUGUACACAUUUCACUGUCAUAAACAAAAGAAGAAGAAAUCAAACAGGAGUAGAAAUAUUCAUUCUUCAAGAAAGGAAGAGCAUGGAAAAAAUCUUAUAGAAUUGAUGAUAAAGGAUGAUCACAGACUAGCUCUUGUGGGAAGGAUGACAGCCUCAAGUUCAUUGUGCCCUAAUCUUAACAGAUAUGGUAGGUUAGGACACACUUUGGAAACUGAGUUUGUUUUGUUUGGUGAAACUGCAGCCACACAGCAAAGCCAUGACAUGACUACUUCCAGUAGCACUAGCAGUCCCUUGAAUUUUUUUCCUAGACCUUCAACAUCCUCUUCCAAAAUACAUUCCAACAGUAUUGAUGUUGAGCCUAUUCCAGGUCACAUUUCCUCCUCUAAACAUGAUAUAAAGAAAAAAAUGACGCUUGGACAUCUAUUAAAAUCAAGAUCUAAGGAUAGACAUGCAUUGACAGAGGAAAUCACAAGGAUUUCGAAUGUGUCAGAGGAAGAAUGCUAUGUCUUACCCAGUAUAGAACAGGAAGCCAUAGUGAUCAGAAGCCCUUUUACACAAUCAAAAAGUGUAGAAGGACAAAAUUAUAAAGAUACAUUUUCAACAGAUUCAGGGGGAUGGGGUCUUAAAUUUCUUGAGAAAAUCUCUGCACAAUCAAGAUCAAGAGGAAGAGAGAGUGUAAAAGAUGAUUCUAGUAAAUUAGAGUGCACAAAUGUUUUAAUGGUGGGCUCUGCCCCAAGUUUAUAUACAUGCACUUUUGAUGUGCACUCCUUGGGCAUGGCUGAUUUAAGCUGUGGAGAGCAAGAGCAGACAACAGUAACAGUUAUGGUACCAGCAGAUGCCCAUGGUUUGCCAGCAGUGAAAUCAUGCAGACCCUCAUCUUUGAUUGAAAGGUGGAGAUUUGGUGGCAAGUGUGAUUGUGGUGGAUGGGAUGCUGGUUGCAACCUCACCCUGUUUCACAACCAGGGCCAAAAUAGAGACACGCUGACUGCUCCAUGUUCAGAGGUUAAGGAAUCAGAUGUAUUCAGGCUUUUUAAGGGGAAACAACAGCAUACCCCUGUAUUUGAAAUGGUGAAUGUUAAAAAUGAUCUAUAUCUAAUUAGUUUCCAAUCAGAAUUAUCAGCUGUACAGGUUUUCGCUAUUAGUUUGGCUCUGCUACAUGGCAGCGAUCCUGUCAUCAAAUCUUCACUGUCAUCAAAUGUAUCAAAUGAUUAUGUACAAGGAAGUCCUUAGUGCAUUGAUUGAGGAAUACUUGGUGGGUUUUCGAUCAAAGAAUUGGAUUUGAACAUUUCCACCAUUGCGAGAAGGUUGCUAAAGAGCAAUGCAAAAUCAGAGGGCUGUGUUCUUCAUGUUAUAAAUUUAUUACUCUUUUACAUUA